UAUAUAGUCACGCUCACACAGACCUCGGCGUCAACCCUCUCCCUCUCGCGUGCUUUUGGAUUUUUCUUUUUCCCACUUUUUCUUCGCCAGAGAAAGACAGAGAAAGAGAGAGGGAAGAAUUUUGGCUCUGAGUUUUCCCUGUCGCUUCCGAAAUGCCGCGUAGCCAAACACCAACAAACAGUCAAACUCCUCGCUCCUCCAUUUCUCCUCUUUAAACCCUAAUCUCUCUCUCUCUCUCUCUCUCUCUCUCUCUGGGUGUGUCAGAGUGAUCGAAGAUUUUGCGGUUUGGUUCGAGAUCGGUUCUACCGCACUUCUGGAAAAGUUGGCAGUGCGGUCCUUGUUUUGAGCCGUCGUCUUUGAGUUUUUGUCGGUUUUUGAGUUCAAUUAUGGCUGGUGACUCUUUGAUAAGCAGUAAUGGAAAUGGCCAUGGCAACGGAAAGCCUGAUCCACAGAGGACUUACCAAGUUGUUGUGGCUGCGACCCCUGAUAUGGGUAUUGGUAAGGAUGGAAAACUACCCUGGAAGUUACCUUCCGAUCUCAAAUUUUUUAAGGACAUCACUGUGAGUACGUCGGAUCCUGGGAAAAAGAACGCAGUUUUAAUGGGUAGGAAAACAUGGGAGAGCAUUCCUGUUGAGCAUCGGCCUCUACCCGGUCGACUUACUGUUGUUCUAACUCGCUCUGGGAGUUUUGAUAUUGCAACUGCAGAAAAUGUUGUGAUAUGUGGAAGCAUGACUUCUGCUUUGGAAUUGUUAGCUGCUCCUCCGUAUUGUCUGUCAAUUGAAAAAGUGUUUGUUAUAGGGGGUGGCCAGAUAUUGAGGGAUGCUCUCAAUGCGCCUGGAUGUGAUGCUAUCCACCUUACUGAAAUUGAGACAAGCAUUGAAUGUGACACAUUUAUUCCUGCAGUUGACUACUCUGUUUUUCAGCCGUGGUAUUCAUCAUUUCCUGUGGUGGAAAACAAUAUUCGAUAUUCCUUCAUGACAUAUGUUCGCGUGAGGAGUGCUGCAGUUGAAUCCCCUUGUCAAAACGGUGAUCUGAUAUUUGAUGGUAGGGCAGAUUCCGAUAAGUUUGAAGUAAAGAAGUUCUCUUUCCUGCCCAAGAUGAUCUUUGAGAGACAUGAGGAGUACAAUUAUCUUAAAAUGGUUCAAGAAAUCAUCUCCGAUGGCACUCCUAAGGAUGACAGGACUGGGACUGGUACUUUGUCGAAGUUUGGUUGCCAGAUGCGGUUCAAUCUGCGCAAAAAUUUUCCGCUUCUUACUACAAAGAAAAUAUUUUGGAGAGGUGUAGUUGAAGAACUUCUGUGGUUUAUCAGUGGUUCAACAAAUGCCAAGGUCCUUCAGGAAAAAGGCAUUCAUAUAUGGAAUGGCAAUGCUUCGAGAGACUACCUUGACAGCAUCGGUUUGACAGACAGGGAGGAGGGUGACUUAGGACCUGUAUAUGGUUUCCAGUGGAGGCAUUUUGGUGCUAGGUAUACUGACAUGCAUGCUGACUAUUCUGGCCAAGGAGUUGAUCAAUUGGUAGAGGUUAUUCACAAGAUUAAAAAUAAUCCUGAUGACCGACGGAUAGUACUCUCAGCAUGGAAUCCUUCCGAUCUCAAAUUGAUGGCACUUCCACCUUGCCACAUGUUUGCCCAGUUUUAUGUGGCCAAUGGCGAGUUAUCAUGUCAAAUGUAUCAGCGUUCUGCUGACAUGGGCCUGGGUGUGCCAUUCAACAUUGCAUCUUAUGCUCUCCUGACAUGCAUGAUUGCUCAUGUUUGUGAUCUUGUUCCAGGUGAUUUCAUCCAUAUUAGUGGGGAUGCUCAUGUCUACCGCACUCAUGUCCGACCUCUGCAGGAGCAACUUCAGAAACUCCCUAAGCCUUUUCCAAUUUUGAGGAUCAAUCCUGGGAAGAAGAACAUAGAUUCUUUUGUGGCAGGUGAUUUCAAACUCAUAGGUUAUGAUCCUCACCAGAAGAUAGAAAUGAUAAUGGCAGUAUAGCCAUCUUGUAGAGGUUCUCACGCGAAAUAUUACUGAAUGGUCCCUCCUAGGCAAUGUUUGGCCUAGUUUUUGAGGCACAACUGUUGGAGGAUCAUGUUGAUAUAAAGUUAUGUACAAAUAAAGAAAUGCUAGUUGAAUACAUACUCAAAACUUUGGACAUGAUGCAGUAAGAGAGAAUCCUUUAGUUCCACAGAGUUUGGUGGUUCUAAGGUGAUUUAGUUUCUCAGUAGCUUCUGACUUUUCAAGUUUAUUUUUGCCUUUUUACAUGGAGCUAUUAAUUUUCUAAUAGCCGCAAAUACUCUGGUACUAUUGUUGAAAGUAACCAGAGUUUUGAAUACUGAGUUUUCUUGAAAUCGUUGUUGAAAGUAACUGGAUUUGUGCCUUUUCUUAUACAAUUGGGUGCUUCCACUCGUUUAAAGUA